UUCAUUAUGGCAGCCUCCUUGCCUGUGUUGAGUAAACAUCAACAAAAGCAAAGUAUAAGAGCUACCACGGAAGCAAAGAAGAAAUUUAAGCCACAGUUCAAGAAUGUGUUAAGGAAUCCUUACACAGAAACAUGGCCAUUUGUUCCAGAAAACUUACAAACUGAACUGCUAAAUAAACUAAAAGAAUGUUUCCCAGUCAAAUUACAACCAGUUUUUCAAAGUAAUAAAGAACGUAAAAUAUUUCUGAAACAGAAAAAAGAGAAUCAACUUUCAAGUGAACAAUCUGAAGAAGUUGACAAAAGAAAAGAGAUGAGAAAUGAACUAUCUAUUGGUAUUAAUACUGUGACAAAAGCUUUAGAAAAAGAUAGAUUAAGAUUGGUGAUAGUCAGUAGAGAAACAAAGAUUAAAAUACUUACUCAACAUCUACUACCUUUAGUUGCUGUUAGAAACUGUCCAGCAAUAUGUUUACCAAAUCUUAGUGAAAAUAUGGUAAAAUUUACUGGUAUUCAAUCAAUAUCAGCACUGGGUUUUAAGAAGAAAGAAGAAACAUCUUUAUUUGAUGAGUUUGUAGAAUAUGUGAGGAAAAAGGCACCUCCAGUUAAAUUGUCAUGGUUACCAGAAGAACAACAAAAAUCAGAUGUAGCAAAUGUGGAAAUAGCAGAAAGCAGAACAGAACUUCAUGAAGUGAAGCCUCAAAAAAAGGAAACGUCUGAUUCCAAGAAAGACUACUCUUAUCUUUAUGUUUAUAAAAAGGAAAAUAAAUUAGGAGAUGAUUUUAUUUCAUUAAAAGACUCUGGAACUAUGGAUGAAGAGGAUUAUUUUCCAACAGAAACUAAAAAACAAAAAAUAGAAGGACAAACCCCAUUGUUAUCUUUCAAAUACAGAGGUGUGGAUGUAGGUGCAAUGAAACGUAAUGAAAAUAGAAAAAAGAAAAAGAAAGGAAAAUAAACCUUUUUAAAACAA